AGUGGCACCGCGAGAAAAGUAGAACAUUACUUUUGAUCAACAUCGCAACAACGAAGUUCAGAUAAAAUCACUUGCUGUCGAACGCUCGCAUAUUUCACUCGUCAUGAUGAAGAAUAAUUUUUCUUCGUUCCUCUUCGGGUUCAUUGUCCUAGCAUCUUUUCUAGCUGUCAAUGUGACCGGUGAGACAAAGUUAAAUCAAGCGUCAUUUCUGAGCAGCAAGGUUUUGAAUUCAAACUUACGAGGUCCAGGCGGCAUUGAAAUUCGACCUCUGGGUGAAACAACUUUCACCUGUCCAAGUUCUGAAGGUUUCUUCCCAAUUCCAAACACCUGUGGGCCUGAUUACUACGUCUGCGUUCUUGGCUCUCCAUACGUUUCGACUUGCCCUAAUGGUACCGUUUUCGAUCCCGUGACGAAAUUGUGCACACCCAUCGGAUGGGCCAGUUGCACGCCACCCUUCACCUGCCCUACUCCUGAUGGUUUUUUCCCCAUACCAGGCGCUUGCUCGAAUUCAUAUUACACUUGUGUCGGAAAUCAGGCCUAUCUACAGAAAUGCCCAGGAACUUCAAUUUUCGAUCCAGUACUAUAUAGCUGCGUACCUGAGGCCACUGCUUCUUGCAAAGUCGCUACCACGACGACGGCAAAAACUACGACAACAACCCGCACAACAACAACACCGACCACGACGACAACACCAACAACCACGACUACACGAUCGACCACAACACCAACAACCACGACCACACCAACGACGACUACUACACCAACAACAACUACUCCAACAACGACCACAACACCAACAACCACAACCCCAACAACCACGACUACACGAAUAACCACGACUACACCAACGACCACACCAACAACACCAACACCAACUUGUCCGACCAAAAUGACUUGUCAAACGAAGACCACGACUACACCAACCACGACUACAACAACCACAACCACCACAACAACAAAACCACCAACAACAACAACGGUGGGACCUUUCAAAUGUACGCAAGAAUACGGCUACUAUCCCGUCCCAGGUGUCAGCUGCAGCACACAAUAUUACAUGUGCUCAAAUUCCAUUGCAUACCUUAUGAAUUGCGCCGCGCCCACUUAUUACAACCCAUCCAUUCAGACAUGCGACUGGAAAGAAAACGUUGCCGGUUGCCAGUAACGACGACGAAGAGUUUCCGAGACUUUUCGCUGGUUUGCUAUAUAAAGCCAGGAGUAGAUUGCAUGCAAUCAAUAAUGGUCAAAUUGCAUUAUCUUUUACAUUUACUAUUGUUUAAUCUUGAUAUGUUAACAUCCUAGUAGCCUAAUAGACGCUAUAGAAGAAUC